CCCGAGUUCAUUCUUUUUCAAAACAAUGCAAAAGUUAUUUCGCUUACAAUCUAAAGGCUCGUCUGCCACAUCCUCCCAGACUUCUUUCAGUGGGUCAUCCUCAGGUGAAGGUAGCAGUACAAGUACAACCCAUGCUUCCCAUGUUAGCACUGCCACUUAUAAUGGGAAUAGCAAUCCCAGUCCUAAGAUCGGGAUCUUUCUAGUUGGCGCCACUUACCUCGACACGAUCAUGCACGUCAAUUCAUUUCCUCAUGAAGACAUGAAGCAAAGAUCUGAGAGGUUCGAGCAACGACGUGGUGGCAAUGCUGCAAACACGGCCGAGAUCUUGGGACAGGACCCAAGGGCAAAGGUCUGGUACAUGAGUAGCAUGCCAGCACCUGCAGCAGCCAAGAUCUUGUUGACAGCGUUAGAAAGAAAUAAUGUGAAGACGGAGGCAUGUGUCUUUCAUUCAGCACAACUUACGGCCCCACAGGCCUACAUCAUAUCUGCUAAAGACACAGGAUCGCGUACAGUCAUCAGUCAUUCUACACUGCCAGACCUCACUUUAGAAGAGUUUAUCAAAAGAUUCGAUGCUGCUCGCAUGAGAGCUGUUCCUGAUAUUGUUGACAUGAGUUGUCCGUUCAAUUGGAUUCAUUUUGAGGGUCGAGGCCCAGAUGUGUACAAGAUGAUCAACUAUGUAGAAUCUAUUUAUAUCAAGCAACGUUGGCGACAGAAACUGACUAUCUCUGUAGAGUUCGAGAAGGGAGAUCGACCGGGGAUUCCAUAUCUCUUGAAGCAGGCCGAUGUUUGCUUCUUUUCUAAACUCUAUGCACAGACACUUGGAUUCGAUCGGCCAGAGGAUUUCUUAGCAAGUAUCAAGGAGUUUUGCAAACCAACGGCUACGUUAUUUUGUUGUUGGGGAGCAAUGGGCGCAGUGGGUCUUCAUCUGGAGACAGGCACGAGGUUCAGUUCAAGUGCUGGCACAGUGGACCGAGUGGUUGAUCCAGUAGGAGCAGGCGAUACGUUCAUUGCAGGGAUUAUUUUGGCACUUGGAGUGCGCGGAUACGAUAUUGGACGUGGUCUACAAUUUGCAUGUGAGCUUGCGUCGCAAAAGUGUGCUCAGUAUGGCUUUUCACAUUUGCUGAAAUCAAUACCCCCAGACUUGUAG